AUGUACUUAAUAACAAGUUUGAGUUUUGUAAGUGAUGUUAGUUUCAAAGUCGAAGAAAAAACGCUCAUAACAAAUUCACCAUACUUAAUUACGAACGAUACAUCAUACGAUAAAGCUCAAAAUAUAAUUAGUUUGGUUUCAAAUUUAAUCAUGCCUAAUCAAACCAAAAUAAUUCCAAGUAGAAUUCCUCCUAUUGAAUAUAAACCAGGAGAUUGUAUAAAAAUAAAGAAAUAUAUUCACCCCCUUGAUUUCCCUGGUGUUGACGUUCAAGAAUUGAAUUUAAAGAUCCCAAUACACGAUCAACGAGUUCUUAAAGCUAUUCUUCCAACAAACUACCAGAUUGUAUUCUUUUCAAGUGCAGCAAUCAGAGAAUUUACCAGAUUAUAUCAUUUUAAAAACGCAUUGGUUACAUAUAUGGGGGUUUUCUGCAAAGAUUGUCAGGUUAAAUUCCCUAAUGAUCAUGUUGGUGUAGAUACAUCCUCAAUAACUGUCUCAAACAGAGUUAUUGAAAAUCUAAUUAUAGGUAAAACAACAUUCAUUCCAUGGGGUCAUUUCUUAACUGAUUCUCCAAUUUCAUCCUUGCUCUACCUUCCGGAAGAAAUUGUUAACAAAUCACAAUAUUAUUUCUACAAAGAAAGCUUUUUCUACGGUGACAAUCUUAAAGCUUUUGGGUGGGGACAUUUGCAAAGGGCCUCGCUUUAUCGCGAUGCAACAUUAGUUAAAAACUUAUACAUGGCUGUUCCAAAUGAUUUUGUGAAUGGUCAGACAUAUUUCUUUAGACUAUUAAGAGAAAGAUUAAUGAAAUUAUACAAAUGUGAAGAUAUAAAACCAACUCAGGGCACUAUUUCAAAUAAAGGUCUCUAUAAACCUAGACAUAUUUCAAAUAUGGACAAACUUAUUGAAAGAAUCAGAGAGACGUAUCCAAACAUAACCUGGACUUACCAUUCAGAUGAUCAAAUAUCAAACACAGCUGUUGCCAUCAAAAUCCUAUCAGCAACAAAGUAUUUUGUAACUCCAUGCGGAUCAGCAGCUUUCAAAAUAUUAUAUAUGCAUGAGAAUACUGGUAUUUGUAUUGUAGGAAUGGCUAUAACUGACUGGGCAAAUCUUGGAAUUUGCCAAGCAAUGGGAAUUUGGUGUACAUACUCUUAUAAUCCAACUCUUCCAUGGCUUGAUAGAAGUACAGGUAUUAUUGAUAUCGAAAUGAAUUUGAGAUUUCUUUCUUAUCUUAUUUAUGCUGUUGACAAUCAGAAAUGGCCAACAGUAACAAAAGAUAAAGUUGAAUUCUUGUUUGAGCAGGAUAUGCAUAGAAAGAUCCUUGAUAUUGAUCCUUCAUCAUCCCUGCAAAUUCCUUGCAAUAUUGAUAAGUAUUAUGACAACUUAAUUCACCACAAAUCUCAACCUAAGAGAUGUGAAUCAAUUAAGUCGAUCUAUUUCGAUAGAAACGUUCCAAUGAGAUAA